UGGAGUGUUGCUGACGUGGGCUUUUGGCUACGGGAUAAUAAACAUGAUAAAUUUGUUAAUUUGUUGUGUAAUAUACAUCAAAUCGAUGGUACGGGGUUACUCUUGCUGACCGAAUCAGACCUUCGUUCUGAAAUUAAGGACAAAGCUUGGGACAAGAAAAUGCUCCAGACAUGGGAUGCAGUGACCCUCUGCCAGUCCUGCCAUGAUGCCACAGGGCUCUGUGGACCAAUCUGCACACGCCAUUCUUCAGGCACAGGCCCUGGGUGAUGUAAAGAGGCUGUGGUUUAGUGUUCGACUACUUCAGUUACAAAACAAUGAAGUUCUCUGUAGCUUGGGUCUCGCUCAUUCCCCCCACUUGACACCAGUAGUUUCGCCAGCCACCACUUCUGGAUUCUGUCCCGAGCAAACUGUCGAGAUUGCAGACACAAGUACUUCUGGACAGGAGAUUGACUCACACCUCAAGCCAGAGUUCUGUAAGGCACUUAUUAGCCUACUUUAUUUGUUUGUUGUCACAUGGAUCACUGCAUUCGUCAUGGUCAUUGUGCAUGACAGAGUCCCUGAUAUGAAGCGAUACCCACCGCUACCAGAUAUUUUCUUGGACAAUGUGCCACCCAUUCCGUGGGCAUUUAAAAUGUGUGAAUGGACUGGCACGGUGUUGUUUAUUAUUUUGGUUGCAGUGCUGCUGUUCCACAAACACAGGUUCAUACUUCUGCGGAGGUUUUUUGCACUCUCUGGAACCGUGUUCCUUUUACGCUGUGUGACAAUGCUCAUCACGUCUCUGUCUGUGCCGGGUGCCCACCUUCAAUGUGCCCCCCGAAGAUCUCCCGAAGAAGGUGCGGGACUUUACACCAAGAUACUGGAGGCGUACAGCAUCUGGAAAGGAGCAGGACUCUCCAUCCGGGGCGUCCGGACAUGUGGGGACUACAUGUUCAGUGGCCACACAGUGGCAUUGACAAUGCUCAACUUCUUUAUUACGGAAUAUACACCCCGCCACCUAUACUUUCUUCAUAUCUUCACGUGGCUUCUGAACAUGUUUGGGAUAUUUUUCAUACUUGCAGCUCACGAACAUUAUUCAAUUGAUGUGUUCAUAGCAUUCUAUAUUACGUCUCGCCUGUUCUUGUACUAUCAUACUCUGGCGCGCCACCAGGUACUAGUACGAGAAGAUCGCAUUCGUACGAGAGUGUGGUUCCCAUUAUUUAGUUUUUUUGAAUCAUCGACUGCUGGUAGCGUUCCCUUCGAAUACGAAUCACCACUUGUUCCUCUUCGAAAGUUCUUGUGCUAUCUCAAAGUGUGUGCCUUGAAAGUAAUAAAAAUUUUUCAGUGGUCAACUACUACGUGGAACUUGCAUCCUUAUCCUAGUUCAAUGCGAGGAUCCAGUACCAGCCAAAGUUUGAAAAACCAUAGUCACAAAGAAGAAUAGUUUGGCUUUUGUACAAACAUGUUGGACUUCUGUUAAGUGUAAUAUGCUGUGGCAUACUGCUGUAUAAGUUUUGUUUUGUAUGUUGAAAUUUAUUUAUUUAAUGCCCAAGUCUGCCUUAUAAUGAUGUCCUGCAUAAAUAUUAGAAGAAAAAUAAACUUUUGAUAAUGCAGUGUUACUUGUUUUGAGUAAUAUCUGGCAUUGACUGAAUAUUUUAUGGGCCGAAGUAAUAAUCUCAGGUAUAUUAGACUAUGUAAGCUAACCAACUUAAAUAGAGUUGGAAAAUUUUUCACCUGUGUGUUAUGAUGAGUACAUUUGUGAGUCAGGCAUUUUCAUAAUGGAUUAGAUAAAAAUCCAAAAGUCUUUCAUUUUGUUGUGUGUUUAGUAAGACAUUACAUGCAUAAACAAUUUCCAUUACUUAUUUACUUUUACUGUGUGGUAUGUAGUAAAAUUGAGUUAAUAUAUUUAUUACUUUCACAAGUGAUAUUUUAUAAAUAAUUUGAAUGUGUGAGCAUGUGUGUGUACAUUGUGGUAUUAAAAUUCUAAGGUAAUUUGUAUUUUUACAUUUUUAUAUGCUGGAACUGUGGUGAAAGCAUUAUAUACUUUUACUUUGUGUAAUUUUAUGCAAUUUUUGUUACCAGCCUUGUGUAAUUUUACUGUAAUCACAUUGUCAAUAUCUGGAUCCUUAAUUAAAGAGAGGUUAAUGCUAUCAUAA